CCACAAAACAAGCAUGUCGGGCUUGAUAACUAUAUAUCUCAAACCGGUGACCCACUGAUACCGGAAAUGGCUGGAUUCCCAGCCACUACCUGUAUCCCUGUAUUAUAGCUUAGAUCCUAUUACCACCAAGGCGCCGGGCUUGGGUACUAUUCCGCAAUCUUCAUGUUUCCUGAAUCCAAUUCCGCUGUGGUGGUUCUGACGAAUUCGAUGCCACUCAACGACGUUGCGGACUGGAUCGCUCAAAUAUACAUCACCGCGCUAUUCCAAUUUGAAGAUGGAGGGAAAACGUACCUUGACCUGGCAAAGAAGUACGUUGAACUGGCGAAGGGAAGUCGGGAUCAGAAACUCAGGCUUGUGAAAACAAUGAGAACGGGCAUUGACAGCGAGCGCAACACGAACUACUUUCAUCCGCGACAAUUGUACUUAUACACCGGGAGAUAUUACAACUCGAAGGGUAGCUGGCCAGGGAAUUUUUUCAUCGACAUCCGUUGUCCGAAGGAUCAGGGGGAAAAGGACGAUUGUUUGGAGCUCAGGUUCCAAGGACGGGAAUCACAACUCUAUAAGCUCCGUCACCUCGUGGAUGACAUCUUUGAGUGGGCACUAGACUACAACCAGCAAGCACGGCGAGCACGAUUCACGGUAUGGGACCCGGAGUAUUUCAAGAUCCAGUUCAACUUCAACCCAAAGCGGUCUCAUGAGGCUGUUACGCUCAACUGGGCAGGGAAUGGGAUGGUUCUUACCCGACGUGAGAACAAGAGGUUCACGGAAGUUCCCGAGAUAGUUACCCGAAAAGGCACACUUCUCUCGUUCAGGGCGGUGACAUGCUAGUCGGCUGGGAGGUAUACAUGCACUACAAGCAAUGGAAUCUCAGUGUAUUCCGCCACGAAAGACACUACGUCUUUUCGCAAGGGUUAGGGUGCAUCCUGCUGCCUUGUCUGGGUGAUCUGGGUU